AUGGCGGUUUCCGAUCGGUCAACCGACAUACCGACGACCGCCACGACGCACGACAUCAAAGCACCUGUUCUUGAAACAAAGGAAUCACCGGCCAUCUGCUCAGACCCCGUUUCUCAGAUACGCUGCUCUACUGUUAGCCUUCCGGGGGAUGUUCAGGGAGGACCGUUGGGAGAAAAAAACGGAGGCAGCAGCUCGCCGUUAGAUGAUGAUUUCCAUCUCCGUCGAAGAACAGAGACAGCAGUGCCGCUGGCAGGGCAAAUGGAUGACCGUCGGCCGGCCGACCAGUCGACCAAGCGCGAACGAUCACUAUCAUACAUGCGAAUCACCGCCAAAGCCGAAUCAUACGUCAACGAUGAUGAUCACUCCGGCUGA